AUGGAAGAAAAGAAUCAGACCAUAGUGACUGAGUUUCUCUUCCUGGGGCUCACUGAUCAUCUCCAUCAGAAGACUGCACUUUUCACCAUACUUCUCUUUGUUUAUUUUGUCACCCUGGGGGGUAACCUGGGCAUGAUCACUCUCAUAUUGGUGGACCCCAGGCUGCAGACACCUAUGUACUUUUUUCUCAGCCACCUCUCCUUUGUAGAUGUGUGUUCCUCUUCUUUCAUAGCUCCUAAGAUGCUGUGUGACAUCUUUGCAGAGAAAAAAGCUAUCUCCUUUGUGGGCUGUGCUGUUCAGUUAUGGUUCGUUGGUCUUUUUGUGGGAACUGAAUGUUUCCUCCUUGCUUCCAUGGCAUAUGAUCGGUAUACAGCCAUCUGUAAACCCUUGCUGUAUUCUCUGAUUAUGUCUAAGAGGGUCUGUAUGCAGUUUGUCAUAGGACCUUAUGUUCUAGCUGCUAUAAACAUCACAACUCAUACAACCUUGACUUUUUGUUUACCAUUCUGUGGUCCAAAUGCCAUCAACCAUUUCUUUUGCGAUAUUUCUCCAAUGCUUUCCUUAGCAUGUGCUGACCCUUGGAUCAACAAGAUAGUGCUUUUUGUCUUAGAUGGAACAAUAGGAGUGCUUAGUGGUCUGAUCAUCACAGUCUCCUACAUCUGCAUCUUGAUGGCCAUCUUGAAGAUCCAGACCACUGAUGGGAGAAUGAAAGCCUUCUCUACCUGUUCCUCUCACUUGGCAGCUGUCUCCAUCCUGUAUGGAACUCUGUUCUUCAUCUAUGUUCGACCUAAUACAAAGUCUUCACUGGAUACCAAUAAAGUUAUUUCUCUAUUUUAUACUGUCAUGAUUCCCAUGAUCAACCCCCUCAUCUAUAGCUUGAGGAACAAGGAAGUGAGAGAUGCAUUCAGAAGACAAAUACAAAGGAAACAAUUUUCAACAGAUAGGCAAGGCCAAACUCUAUUUAUGCUCUGCCUUAGAUAUCUGUGCUAG